AUGGAGCCGCAAUUUUCUCAAAUUAAUGAAAACCGAAGUCAUGAAACAGACUUUGUUGUCAUCGGCUCGGGAAUAGGCGGGCUGUGCUGCGCUGCAUUGCUCGCCAAGUACGGUUACAAGGUGACGGUGUGCGAAUCACAUUACUUGGCGGGCGGUGCCGCGCACUCGUUCGAGGUGGCGGGAUACAAGUUCGACGCCGGUCCGUCCUUCUUCCUAGGUAUCGGUGGACCCCCGGGAGAUGGCAGCCCCAACCCCCUCAAGCAGGUGUUGGACGCUGUUGGAGAGCGCGUUGAGAGCAAGCAGUACGACAGGUGGAUCGUCUACCCCCCGCCCGGGGGUGGCAGCUGCUUCCCCAACAUAGCCAACGCAGCCGCCUACGAGCGCACCAUUCUGCAGCAGGGGGGUCCUGAGGCGCUCAGGCAGUGGCGGGAGCUGGACAGAGCCAUGGGGCCGCUGCAGACCGCCGCGGGGCUGUUCCCCGCCGCCGCACUCCGGGGGGACCUGGGGGUGGCCCUCACCGCCGCCAGGUUCCUAGGGCCGGAGCUGCUGGGAACCGCCAUUGUGGCACCAAUGCUUACGGGCCCCUUCUCCGCCCUGGUUGACAAGCACGUGAGCCACCCCUGGCUGAGGUCCUUCAUAGAUCUCGAGUGUUUUGUGUUGUCCGGUAUGACCGCCCGGGACACGCUCUGUGCGGAAAUGGCCUUCAUGUUUUCGGAGCGCAAUGCGGGCCGGUCCGCCAUCGACUAUCCGAUGGGUGGCAGUAAGGCCAUCAUCGAUGCACUUGUACGGGGCGUGGAGAAGUACGGCGGACGGCUAUUGCUCCGAAGCCACGUGGACGAGAUCCUCAUUGAAGGCGGCCGUGCGGCAGGUGUACGGCUGCGGCCGCCAGCGGCAGCGCCCUCAAAUGGCAGCGUGAUUCGUGCCCGAUGCGGCGUGGUUAGUAAUGCAUCGGUGUGGGACACCCAACGGCUGCUGCCGGCGGGUGCUGCGCCAGCGGCGUGGGAGCGGAGCAGUACGGCAACGCCGGCGUUGGACAGCUUCAUGCACCUGCAUCUGGGUAUUGACGCCACCGGACUGGACCCCACUCUGGAGUGCCACCAUCUGGUCGUUAACAACUGGCAACGGAUCACGGAACCGCAGAAUGUGAUUAUCGCCUCCGUGCCCACCGUGUUCGACCCCAGCCUGGCACCCGCUGGCAAGGCCACAGUACACUGCUAUUGCGCGGCCAACGAGCCGUACGAUUUGUGGGCGGGUCUGGAUCGUCGGAGUGCCCGGUAUAAGGCCCUGAAGGAGGAGCGGGCUCAGCCUCUUUGGGAGGCUCUGGAGCGCUUCAUUCCCGACAUUCGAUCUCGUACGGAGUUGACCUUGGUGGGCUCCCCGUUGACUCACGAACGUUUCCUCCGACGGCAUCGGGGCUCGUACGGCCCUGGAAUCAGCGCCUCUGGUGGACAGUCCUGGCCCGGCCCUAAGACUCCCAUCCCUGGACUUAGCGUCUGCGGGGACUCUUGUAUGCCGGGUAUUGGGGUGCCUGCCGCCGCCGCCUCGGGCAUGAUAGCGGCCAACUCGCUCGCGCCUGUAUGGAGCCACCUCAACAUGAUGGAUGAGCUACUGCCAGCUUCCACUUCUGCUUAA